CCCCCCCCGACCUUGCACCACUAGUCAAGGCUCGCUUGUAUUUUAUCAUCCCCUACAGUUCGAUGGGCCUCUGGACGUCCUGUUUUGGGAGCAUGAUACCCCUACAGUUCGAUGGACAAGCUUCGGUUUCCUUAAUUUUUUUGUGUGUACGUGUGCAACAGAAUCGCAUUAUCAAAAGAUAAUAAGGGUUUCUUUCUUCUUAUUUCCCCCUUCCUUUUUUGCUUAAGGCAACCUCCGGCUCGGGAAUAAGGUGGGUCAUUCGUGUGGGUUAGCAUGGGGUUUUUCUUGAUCUUUCCACUCUCUUGUCCUAUUCUUUUUUCUUUUUCUUUUCUAACUUGAGUUCGUGGAAGAAGGGUAAGAAAGCAUCUGGAGCCUCCCUACUUAAUUAUUGAAACGCUUGGAUGGCGCAGUCUGGAUGGUUGUCUGUGAUAUCCCCCCCGCGCACACCCACCUAUACCGGCUGGCCCUGAUGUCUGAUUUGGUGGCCUGGUUGAUUUCAUUUUCCUCUUCACUGUUUCUCGUUGCUGUAUUGUACUCAUCACGAUAUUUAUCUUACUGUCUUAUAAAUGUUGUGCUUGCGACUUUGGGAAAUGUUUGCCCUGCGCAUAGAUCUAUUCGAGAAUAAUUACAAGGCGUCUCCCAUCGGCUG